AGUUAGCGCGCGCGGUUCGCUCGUUGAUUUUACCGAUUUUUGCUAGGACUGUUUGAGCGACGCAUCAGUUUUCACACUCUGGUUGCAGCUUACAGUAAGGGGGAGCGACUAAGGCAAAGUAGACAACCCUCCAGAUGAUUCUGUACGCGCCAACUGCACGCGGCCAGCACUAGCCACGCACACCGCUCAAGUUAGAGGAACUUGGGGCCGGGCAACUCGCGCGGCUGCUACGACUGACAGCUCAUUUAUUAUCUGUGUUAUAGUAACAGCCUUUUGAUUGACAGUUGCGAUUGCGCGAACCUCCAGAGUCAAUAGCAAUAGAACUGUGUAUCGAGCCGCUUCUAUAAUAGCAGAGAAGAAGAAGAGGUUCGUGAAGACAUCGUGGUCACUUUAAUUUGUGCGUCCUGGCGUAGAACCUGGAAACUACAAAGAAUUUGUGUUGGGAUUUUCCAAGAGAUUCGGCCAGAAAAGGGGAUAUCGACACUUUCUCGAGCAUCGUCAACAACUUGAAGGUUGUACCACACAGAAUAGGUUGAUGGAGCAGAGGGUAUACGAGGUUUCAAGGUUGAAGCGGGCUGUUAUUGUCAUCUUUUACGACGUUUUGUGAUUUACGAAGUUCCCAGCGAGUGACGUGUAAAACCUCCGGUUUACUCUUCUGUCCCAAAUGCAGUACGAUGAAGGCAUACCACAUUACGGUUCCAUGGACGGCCCGACGUCGCUGUACGACCCGCACGCUCACCGGUCGAUGUCCACCCUCACCCACAGCCCACAUAUGAACCACGGCCCCUCCAUGCACCAGUACCACCCUGGCAACCACGUCUCCGGGGUCAUGUCUAAUCAUGUCAUGAGUUCCGUACCCGACGUCCACAAACGGGACAAAGACGCUAUUUAUGGCCACCCCUUGUUCCCGCUGCUCGCGCUCAUAUUUGAAAAGUGUGAACUAGCAACAUGCACUCCGCGGGAACCCGGAAUCGCGGGAGGCGACGUCUGUUCGUCCGAGUCUUUCAACGAAGACAUUGCCGUUUUUGCCAAACAGAUCAGACAAGAAAAACCAUAUUAUGUUCCUAAUCCAGAAUUAGACAGUUUGAUGGUUCAAGCAAUACAAGUGUUGCGGUUUCAUCUUUUAGAACUAGAAAAGGUUCAUGAAUUGUGUGAUAACUUCUGUCAGAGAUACAUCAGUUGUCUUAAAGGGAAAAUGCCGAUUGAUUUAGUAAUAGAAGAAAGAGAUACAAAACCUGGAGACUUGGGAGACAACAAUAACAACAGUAACAGCGGAGGUGGAGGGGGUGGUAACACCAACGGGAACAUUGGGGGAGGUGGUGGUAGAGGGAGUGACUCCACAGGACACAACAGUGACCAUUCAACACCACCGGAUCAGCGACCUCCUUCCCAGUCUCUGAACUCGUACGGCGGAGCAGCGGAUGAUGUAAGGUCGCCAGCCGGAUCUACACCGGGGCCCUUCUCCCACCAACCCAGCUCUCAGCAGAGCACAGACAACAACAGUGAAGCGGGGGACGCUAGCAUAGGCUCGGGAGAUGGCACUGGAGAGGAUGACGAUGAUGAAAGAGGAAAAAAGAGACAGAAAAAGCGGGGAAUAUUUCCCAAAGUUGCUACCAACAUAAUGCGAGCCUGGCUUUUCCAGCAUCUCACGCAUCCUUAUCCGUCAGAGGACCAAAAGAAGCAACUGGCGCAAGACACCGGUUUGACCAUUCUUCAAGUCAACAAUUGGUUCAUUAAUGCCCGACGACGUAUUGUUCAACCCAUGAUAGACCAGUCGAACAGAGCUGGUGGUGCUAUAGGGGGCGCCAGUGCUGCAUAUAGCCCGGAUGGAACAAGUAUGGGGUACAUGAUGGACGGAAGUCAGCAAAUGCAUCUUCGACCACCAGGUAUUCAGAACCUGCAGUGUUCCGAACCAUCUAUGGGAAUGGGUCACAUGGGAGGAAUGGGAGGUUACUCCCAGAUGUCCCAACUCCGCUCACCUGUUCAUUCUCAGACCAUGCUACUACCCGGACACCCCCACGCUAUGAUGAUGGCACAUACUCCCAUGGGCCAUCCAGGACUUCCUCCUCAGGGGUCUCCAUAUGACAGCUCAGGACAGCAUAUAAUGGACAUACAUGCCAGUUAAACUCCAAAUUUCUCUGAAUUCCUUUCGUGUAGUGAUUAACGCGUAUCCUACCCUCACGCGUGACGUCAUCCCCCCCAGACUGUAAUGGGAUGAUCAUUAGACAACAUCAGUAGCCUAUUCGGCAUUUACUCCCCAAAGAAACGUUGGCUCUGUUCGAUUGAAAUAUGGUUGUUAAAAAAAGCUAGAGACGAAAUAAAAUGUAACUUUAAAAAAAAAAGGAAGAUUUUUACAAUUGAACACUCCAGGCUACAGGUAUUUAUGUGAUUGGAAGUGUUCAAUGUACGUUAUGUGUUUACCUCAAGUCAGUACUGGGAACCAGGGUAUAUUUUACUGUCCCUCUGUGUAGAAAAACAAGCUUAGUUUUAUUCUUAAACAACUGUGGUACUUCAACAUUGGCUGUGUAAUUGUAACGCCACAGGAAUGGUAAUUGUUAACCACAAUAAAUGGUGGCGUCAUAUAAUUGUUUAUAAACAGGUGACAAAAUCAUUAUGUGAGUUCGUGCUUUUAGUGUAAGAGUAAAUGAUCUUGAGAUGACAAAUUACGUCUUUUACUCGACAGAUACAUAAGAUAAGAAAUACUGUGUAUAAUUGUAUAUGCUAGAAGUAUUGUACGAUCGUGUAUUGUCAUUUUUAAUAUAUGUUGGGUAACAGCCUACGGAAAUUAGGGCUAAGGUGUAGUAUGCUAAAAUACAUAUGUAAAUGUAUAGUUUUAGUUCCCGCUAUGUAAUCGUUAAAUCUUUCUCGGGCUUUCUUUGUAUCUAUCUAUCUAAGUAAGAAUGUACAUCAUGGCAUAACUCGUCAGCAUAUAUAUCUGUCUUUUGCAAGGAUGAACUAAGCACACUGUGCAAAUAAGCACAAUGUCCUCUUUAGUGCCAUACUUUUAUGUGUUAUUAAGGAAUAAAACAAACUUAGUUAUAAUUUGACAACACGCCAUUUUGUAGUAUAUUAGUAUUAAACAACUAAGUUCUAUUUGCGUUUGUUUCACAAAAAUAAAAUAGAGUUGAAAAUCCAGCUGGUAUUUGGAUUUCGUAUGUACAUGUCAAGGAUAAAGUUGCUAAAGUUUCCACACUUUUUUUUAUCUUUGUUUAUCGAUAUGAAACCUAGUGCAUGGGUAGACCAGUUUUUAAGUAAAAAUAGCGAAACUCUACCUUCUAACAAAAGUCUACGUAAUUUUAACAACCCACAGUUGAGCAAUUAAUAGAUAGCGUGUGUAAUAUUUCAUAUUGUCAAAAACUUGCCAACGCAGAAGGCUCUUCAACGGGUGAAACGAGACAGGCCGUAUAGGAAACUAAGGCCAGAAAAAAUGAAAGAAUUAAUUGGUGAGUCGUAGCCACACGGAAAACUAAGGCCAGAAAAAAUGAAAGAAUUGGUGAGUCGUAGUCACACGGAAAACUAAGGCUAGAAAAAAUGAAAAAUUGGUGAGUCGUAGCCACACGGAAACUAAGGCCAGAAAAAAUGAAAGAAUUGGUGAGUCGUAGCCACACGGAAACUAAGGCCAGAAAUAAUGAAAGAAUUGAGUCGUAACCCCUAGGAAUUCGUCGCAUUUCAUUCUAAACCAUAAGCUCGAUGAACUUGAAAUUUAGCCUUUCCUGUCUCGCGAUAAAUAAAUUGAAAAGAAAUCGGACGUAACUCACGAUCUAGUGCGUGUUUUGAUGAAAACUUGGCAUAUGGAACACUAGAAUUGUCUUUAACCAUUGUAUGAAAAUCAUGCUAGCUAAGUAUAUUAUUGUUUAAUAUAAUUCAUGCAACAGUACAAACAUCUCUCGAGUUUUAUUCUUGGGAAAGGUUUGACUGGAAAUUGAAAUAGAAUGGAGAUCGUGAGAUUUUCAAAAUCAAAAAAAUGUUUUUCUGAUGUUGUUAUUAUUAUUAUUAUUGAGUUUUGAAUAAUUUAAUAACUGUCUAGCCUACGGCGAUCUUUAUUUCUGGUCUAAGGUCACUAGAAAUAAAUUGGUUUGACGUUUAAGAUGUGUAUAACUAAAAAAACAUGUGGUUAAAAAAAGGAGCAUGCUGUCCAAUAAGGGGACAAUCAGAAAAUAUGAUGACAGAAAAGAAGCUUGUAUAGAUUUGUUUUUCUGUUGUAACAGCUGUCUGUCUGUUCUGUGUAAUCGUCGUUAAUAAAGUGAAUGACAUCGA